AUGGAUUCUGAUGAUAAUGGUUUGGUGACUAUUGAGAAGAACCAUUUUGAAGCUUUGCUGAGAAGCUGCGUGCAAUCACUAACCGUUUUGCCCCACAACAGAGCUGACUUCAAUGGUUCGGAGGGUGGAGAUUUUGAUGCUUCUCAAGAUGCCGACAACAUUACAAUUUCGAGAAAGGAGUAUGAUACCUUGAAGCAAUCCGUUCGUGAAUAUGAGAAUCUGCGACGCAGCCUUAUUAACGGUGGUAUUACGGAGGAGACCUUGAAUAGCUUAACCAAGGGUGACGAUGAAAAUGGAGCUGAUCAGAGUGCUGCCUCGAAUGUGUCUGCGACGCAUGAAGAUCCUGAUGAAAGCACUACCUUUAUGACACAAAGUCCUCCUCCAUUGACUCCAAUUGACCAUGGUCACCAAGUUUAUACAUAUGGCACGCCCCGAACUGGUACAAUAUUUGCAAGUCGUCCUCAAGAAUACAAAAGCUCUCAAAAUCAUAAAUUUCAGUAUCAAGAGACCCCGAACCAAAAUCUGCAUACCAGUGGUCACGACGACAAUAAUACUUUCGAUUUUGAGGCCGAAAACAAUUCGGAGACUAAUUCUCGGCGCCCAUCUUAUGAGAAGUUUGCCCAGCGUACUAUACAAUUGUACAACCUCUCAGAUGGUACUACACAUGCAGAUGUUUGCGAUGCUGUUAGGGGAGGGAUGUUGUUAGAUAUGUAUCUUCGCACUCAUGAUCAUACUGCGAUUAUAUCGUUCCUCGAACAGGCCCAAGCUAAUGAGUUCUUUCGUCAUGUCAAACGCAAUGAUUUGUAUGUCCGUUCAAAGAGGGUCGACAUUCGAUGGCAUGAUAGGCAAUUCAUCUUACCAGAUCACAUCGCAAAUCAAGUAAGGAUUGGAGCUACUAGAAACCUUUUCAUUCAAAAGUGCAGCCCCAACUUUACCGAAGAAGUCAUCCGGGAUGAUCUUGAGCACAUCCAUAACCUGGUAUUGAUUAAGAUUGUGUUCAAUGGUUCCAGUGCUUUCAUCUCGACCAAUUCUGUUCAUAAUGCAAUGUUUGCUCGUACUUGCAUGAUGAGUCGUGGCGCUUAUAGGAAUUCGAAGAUUAAAUGGGCUCGUGAUGAAUGUGCAGCACCACUACCGAGGCGCCCAAGUCCUCAAUUCGACAAUCCUCCCAUCCCAAAGAAGCAGAACACCCCUUUGGCCAAUCGUUUCGAACCUCUCAACAUUUAUAGGGAGGACGAAUCAGAGACUGACACCGAGGGCAAAGAAAACAAAAUUGUAGGCGCUGAUGGUGUAGAUGGGAAUGCGAGAAUAAGACAACGGGGAGGGGCAGGAGUAAGAGAGCAAGAUGAAGAAGUGAUGGCGUGAUAAUGGGCAUGGGUAUUCCAGCUGUGAAUCUUCAUAUACCUGGACUUGGUGCCUACAGGACCGACGACGGGGAUAGAUUUGUCGACCAGAACACUUUUCGAUUCAUCCGAAAAGGCUGAAGAUUGGUGAAUACCAUCCCUUACAUCGAGCUAUGUACUAGGGUUGGGAGGCGUUACCAUGAGGAGUCUGUUUAUUUGUGUAUUUUCUGGUUCAGAUACCCCUUGAAGAAUGGUCUGUUUGUGCUUCGGAUAUGUAAUUGGUCUGAUGAAAUGGUAAUUUUCACUGUAAGCGUGGAUGACUAGGAGGGUACUUACAAACUGUACUCUGUAUAGAAACAUCCAUAGGUACCUAGUACUUAUACGGUCAAUAGCGUUAUCGCAGCGGAAUAAUCAAAAGUUUUUGAAAGUCCAAUUUCUUGUCUGCGGGUCGUCCACGGAUUAAUAAAGUCCGCCUACUGGUAGCAUGUUAA